AUGAGUUCGAAAUCUGAUAAAAAGAUAGGUAUUAAAAAGAUAAAAAAUCAAAAACCUACUAUUCCUAGACUUACUCCAUCGAUUAGAAUGGAACAGCCUCAUCUUCUCGUUUCGCCUCUCAAUUAUCCAACAUUUUAUUUUUCAAAAAAGCGAGUUUCACCAUUAAAACCAUUUAAAUCAUUGGAUAAAAGGCGUCAAAUUUACCCUAAUAACGUUGCCCCAAGCGAAGGAGAUAUUAAAUUCGGUGGAAAAUUUGAAUCUGGCAAUCUUGAUCGAGUUUACAGAAGGGGUAACAAUUCUUACGAAAUACAUAUUGCACCUGAUCCAAAACGUACGGCUCAAUGGUUUUACUUCUCAGCUGAAAAUAUCAAGCCUGGAACUUAUACUUUUGUCAUCAUUGGUUUUCAUAGAGAUACCGGUAUCCAUCACCAUGGAGUUACACCUGUCGCUUUAAGCGAAAAUGAUAAGAGAAUUGGAAUAGGUUGGAAAAGAAUCGGCGAGCAAUUGAAUUACUGGCUCAGCUCAAGUGGAAAACCACGUGAAUAUACUAUGUCUUUCCAAUUUACAGUCCACAAAUUAGAUUCGAUGCAUUUUGCCUAUACAUAUCCUUAUAAUUACUCGGAUUUACAAUCUUUCUUAAGAACACUUCCAUCAUAUGUCCACAUAACAAGAAACAUCUUUUCGCCAGGAAAACUUAACAUUCCAAUGAUUUUUUGGGAUGCAGACAAUCAAAUCUCAUCCCAGCUUCCUGAAGAUCCGAAUCAGAUUCCAGGCGGUCGAAAACCCCUUGCUAUCAUUGUUGCUCGCCAUCAUCCUGGAGAAACUUGCUCCUCUUAUGCAAUGGAAGGUUUUUUGCAGAAAUUCUUUAAUAAAUCUGACAAAGAAGCGAACGAAAUGAGAAAUGAGUAUUCAUUCCUCAUUAUCCCGAUGGUAAAUGUUGAUGGUGUUGUUUGUGGAUUCUAUAGACCAGGACUUAAUGGAAUUGAUUAUAAUCGCGUCUGGAAAACCAAAUCCAAGACAGAAUUAGGUAGUUCUAUAUUAGAUAUCAUUGAUUCACUUACAAAAACACGAAAACUCGUUUUCUUCCUUGAUUUUCAUGGCCAUGCAGGACUUUGGAAUGCUUUUACAUAUACUUUGACAAAUGAUAAAGUUCCUUUGUCCGAAUUAUCUCCUGUAUUUCCAGAAACGAUGUCUAAAGUAUGCCAAUACUUUACUGCAACACACUCCUACAUUUUAAGUCCACAUGCAUACGACAGAACAAUGAGAGUUGCUUUACACCAUCGAUAUAAAGUUCCUUUUGCUUACACAUUGGAAAUGUCAAUUGGAGGCUCAACUUUGACUAAAGAACCAAACAUGUUCACACCAAAUGAAUACAGAAUUGUUGGGUCUUCAACACUUACAGCUAUGUAUGAAAUGUUGCUCUUGAAUGAAAACAUCAAAGGAAAAUUAGAUUUCAAAGCAACAGAAAUAGAUGAAAAUGUGGAAAUAAAGCAUGAAAAGAAGAAACAUCACCAUCAUGGUAAGAAGCAUCACUCAACAAAUAAUUCAGACUAUGAAUAUAAUGAUAUUGAUGAAUAA